CAGUAGCAUAAAACUUCCCAUGAAGACUCAGGUUUCACAUUUACAGAAAAGUCCUAGGCUUCCUUUCUAAGCACUGGGCUCCAAACGAUAAGGCCCCCAAAUAUUCUAAGAUUGUUGCUGUUUCAUCCCAGGGAGAGUUUUGUUUUGUUUUGUUUUGUUUUGUUUUUCUUUUCUUUUCUGAAAAAUGCCAACCACACAGAAAACAUUGAUGUUCCUUUCUGGCUUUCUCACAAGCCUUGGCUCUGUUGUUGUCAUCUGCUCAAUUCUGGGGACACAGGCGUGGAUCACCAGCACGAUUUUCUUCACAGACGCUAUUUCCAAUGGUACCAUUGUAAUCACCUAUGGCCUUUUUCGUGGUAUGAGUGCUCAAGAUUUGAAUGAAGGCCUUCAAGAUCUGGACAAAAACUUUGAAGUUUUAGGGAUAUUGGACAACUCCUCCCAAAAGUCUCUGCAUUCGGUGGCCAUCCUGUUCCUGGUCCUGGGUCUGGGCGCUUCGGUGCUGAGCUCAGUGUUCACGUUCUACAACAGCAUCAGCAACCCUUACCAGACAUUCCUGGGUCCUGUGGGUGUCUACACCUGGAACAUACUCAGUGCAUCUUUUGUGUUCCUGACCAUGGUCCUGUUUGUGGGAAAUGUGGAGUCCAACCAUCUCUCAGAAAAACUAUCCCAGAAGCUUUAUCCAGAGACCACCAACCAGAGAGUAACCCACAGUUACGGAUACUCAUUUUGGCUCAUUCUGCUUGUCAUCCUUCUGAAUAUUGUCACCGUGGUUAUUAUCAUUUUCUAUCAGAAGGCACGAUACCAGCAAAAACAGGAGCAGAGGAAGCCGGUAGAAUAUGCUCCCAGGGAUGGCAUUUUAUUCUGAGUCCCGUCUCAUCACACGUGUACUGUCUCUGCCAGUAGUAACUGGCUAGGUCCUCUGGACACUGCUUGGCAGAGUAACUGUCAGGUGCCAUAGCUUCUGUAACCGUGACACCAUGUUCUUCCUAGACGAUGCUGGCUUGCACAUUUCUCCACAGAUAGCCCUCUGGAAAGUGUUUUCUCACAGGGGCAAGAGAAUGAGUGGAAAAGGCUGUGGUCUACAGCACUCCUAGAAGAUGUGGUCUGGGGUUUGCAGGUCCUUCCCACGUGGCCUUGAUAUCUAUGGGAAUAAAGGUCUAUGGGGUUUUGUUUGUUUGUUUGUUUUAAUUUAUUUUAUUGCCUUUCCUGUGACCAUCUUAAUGGAUUGUAUCCCCUAUGGGAUAUCCUCAGGAAGGAUCAGGGCAUUUUACUCCACUAUAUAAAAAAAGAGGCUUUUAGGCACUUGUUUUUCCAGUCAAGAAUUAGACACAAAAGGAUAAACGAUGAAAUGGCCUUGUGCUCCAGUCUCUUGGUGGCUGUCCUGGUUUGCAGGUUUUAAUUUCUGUUAAUAAGGGCUAGACACAUGUAGAACUUAGGCCUUAUGAAGCCCUGCAUGAACAGAUUAGAGGUAAAAUAUAGUCAUUGAGGUCACUUUUUCCCCAGUAGAUAGACAACCAGAAAACCAGCAAAGGCACCAAAAUUUAUUCUACAUGUUUUUCCAGUAAGAUAUUUCCUUUGAAGUAUGUGAGAACCCUUUAGCCUUGACUUCUAUUCUACAAGCUGCUAGAGCGAAAACUGAUAGACUGAAAAGUGACCCCAUCACGUGUUGAUGGAGUCGUAAAGCAGUAGCUCGGUGACAAGCGGUGGGUCUAUGACUUCCUCAAGGAUAAAUGGCUUUCAACACCCAUACUUAGAGACGUGAGCUGGGUUCCCACAGUGUCGGCAGCAGCAUACUGGGUCCUUCCUUCGUGGCUUUUAUUAUAAGGUAGUUGAGACAGAAACUUAAUAAGCAUUUACUUGGCUCCAAUUAACACAGUUGCUUGGGGUGGAGGUCACCCCUCCACUGUAGAACACUAAGGUGCCUAGCAAGAUGUGCAAGGCCCUGGGUUCUGUCCCUAGCUCUGUAAAAAUAAAACACAUAGUUAAAAACUUGGGCUGUGUUUUGAAAGGAUGGUUCUCUGUCACGCCCUACCUUGAAGAUCUGCUAACUCAAGAUUACACUUAUCUAUUAAAUUAUUAAAAGUUUA